GAGAACCAUUUUUUCUACAGCCACCUCUGCCACAGUGCCAUGUCGGAGCACAUCGCUACCCCGACCCAGGAUGCGUACAUUCCUGGGACCGACUGCCCACAUGUCUAUAUUAUCGAUGCCGGCGCGAUGAGCUACUUCUGCCGUGGCGGAAGUCAGCAGCGCGCACAUGUCGCCGAAGGCGAGAUCUUGUGCCUGCCGACUUUGUGGGCUGAUUGGCAUCACCGCGGACGACUGACAGCAAACACCACCACCUGUGUCUACAUUACUCUCAAUAGUGAGCAGUUUGGUUUGCUGGUAAGCAAAGUGGGUGGAUCCAUGUGGCAACACCUGCA